CCUAGUCGCCUAUGAGUUAUUUCUCCUUCUAAUUCGGAGAACUGGCGAGUCAGAACUUGGCUUGGAUGUCAAGUCAAUCCAGUUCUCUUUCUUGGCCUUUGCACAAAACACAGACACUAACAGUACCAACAAAGUAUGGCGGCUAAGUGUGUCUGUGCUGGACACACCCUGGCCGGGGAGAACAGGAAAGUCUAUUGCACUGGCCCCUUGCUGGACAAAGUUCAAAGGUCCAAUAUGUUUCCCGAUUGCAAACACUUUGUGGACAUGUGUUGCAUAUACACUCCCACCCAAACCUUGGCCGAUUUUGAAAUGUUUAGUAAUUGUCAAAAGAACGAUGGUUCCCUUAGGUUCUUGAAAAUGUUUGUGGAGAAACACUUUUAUGAGCCUGGUUGUGAUCUUGAAGCCUGGACUCCAACGGAUUGGAAGGAAAAUCCUCGUUGCCUCGCCAAAGUUUCAGAUCCGGGUCUAAAGCAAUUCGGGUCCAAUAUCAAUGCCAUUUGGAAGGAUCUAGGGCGAAAAGUCAACGAGGACGUCAAGAAACAUCCCGAACAGUACUCGAUUAUCUAUAUACCCAAGCCUUUCAUUGUUCCUUCGGUUAGCCACAGAGAGUACUGGUACUGGGACUCCUUCUGGAUUGUCCGUGGCUUGCUGCACUGUGGCAUGUAUGAGACAGCAAAGGGCAUGAUUGACAACUUCCUGAUGCUGGUCCGCGAUUACGGAUUUGUGCCUGGCUGUGGAAGGAUAUACUGCGCUGGUCGCUCCAAUCCUCCAAUUUUGAUUAUGAUGAUGAAGUCUUAUGUGGAGGUGACCAAGGACGAAGCCUUUGCCAUUCAAUCCCUGCCACUGCUCGAGCUCGAGUACAAAACGUUUUUGCUGAACCACGAGGUAAAGGUUAAAGGAAGGACUAUGUAUCAGUAUCGGGAUAUAUCCACUGGCCCACGCCCUGAAGCAUACAGGGAGGACCUUGAAACGGCAGAACACAUCGAGAGCAACGAAACCAAAGAGGCUCUAUAUACCCAACUGAAGUCGGCCUGCGAGUCCGGCCAGGAGUUCAGUUCCCGCUGGUUUGUGGCUGCGGAUGGAUCCAACCGGGGCACCAUUGUGGACACCACCCCCUCGGCCAUUGUGCCCGUGGAGUUGAAUGCAAUCGUCUUCCGAAGUGGCAAGAUCCUGGCCGAGUUCCAUCGCAAAAGCGGCAACACCAAAAAAGCGGAUGAAUACCAGGAUCGAGCCUGCACCCUCGUAAAAGCCAUUCGUGACAUUAUGUGGAACGACCAGGCCGGCAUUUGGUUGGACUACGAUCUGGAAAACCAGAAACCGCGAGACUUUUUCUGUUGCACCAACUUUGCUCCAUUGUGGGCCAGGGCUUUUCCUUUGGUCGACACCGAGAAGGUAUCUACCUCGGUGAUGAGGUAUAUUGAGACCAAUCAGCUCGACGAGAUGUACGGCGGAGUGCCUCAUACGUUGAAUGAACAAGCCUUCCAGAAAUGGGACUAUCCCAACUCCUUUCCGCCUAUGAUGUUCAUUGUUAUCGAGGGUCUGGACAAUCUGGGCACUCCACAGUCAAAGGCCAAAUCCAAGGAAUGGGCUCAUCAGUGGGUGAAGUCCGUCUAUGCCGCCUACAAGUACGAGCAUUUAAUCUUCGAAAGGUAUUACUGCAAGGAAUUUGGCCAGCCUGGAGAUCGGAGCGGGAACGCCAAGUACACGGGAUACGGCUGGACCAUCGGAGUGGUGUUCGAGUUAUUGGCCAAACACGGCAAAGAUAUGGUUAUUGAUCCCGACGCAGGCCAGAUGGAGGAAAGUACCACUUCCUAUGCGUCAAAAAAGAACAACGAAUUUAUAAUCACAAGCGAGGCGAACAUGGAUGCUGGAAGCAGCGGAACAACGGGGCGAGGCAACCAGACGGCAUGCCCAUGCGGAAAUUCCUCGCAAUCGUCCAGCUUAGCACCGGACCCGAAGACCCGUUUCAAUCCUCCCAUCUCACAUAUAAGUGAAGAAUCCUCCACGUUAGGAGUGGAGCAAAAGUUUCACACUCCGGUCACUGCAGUUCAUCCGACCAACUGCCUUUGCAGCCGCGCAGAUUAUUCCUCAAAUGAUAAAUCUGAAGAGAAGCCAGUUGUUCGGAGCAGAACAGCUGAAAUCUGUGGAGUAUGUGGCCAAGAGAUGGCUCCGCCCCACCUUGAAGGUGGCCAAUGUAACUGCGGGGAUGAUCAGAAGGGCAUAAGUCAGACACCGCAAAGGGCACAGCCCCAAACGAGGGCACCCCAAGGGCACCAAAUGCAGGGGGUCCUCUGUGCCUGCGGCGCCCUGCUAGGAAAAAACUAUGGUAAGCGAAGAAACUCGGUUCCCACUCAACCUAAGCCGUACGAGGCACUAAAGCCUUGCGUGGUUUCCGUAAAUCCAGCAGAUCAGGAGGAAGCCUGCGCCUGUGCCUGCGAGCUAGAUCAGCAUCCAGCGGCAGCGCCAUCUCGUCAGUGGCGUGACGCAGAAUCUUCUUGCACCUCGGCUCAGUCGCAACCCCGAAAAAUGGAUGAGGUCCUCUCGGAGCACGAUCCUAGCUGCGCCUGCUACAUUGAUAGGAAAAGAAGGGAGGCGGAAAAGCAGGAGAAACAAAAGGCUCAAAUGCAGGCGCAAGCAUCCCAAGCCAGCUGUGGUCCUAGGUGUUCCCCAUCUCAGACUGCCAAAAGUGUGCAGAGUGGUGGAUCGGCGAAGGAUGCUCCGGAGCCAUGCACUCCAGGGUCUUGUGUACGAGCAGCUCCAUCGGUUCCGGUACACCCAAAACGGUCCGAGGCCCGCUGCGGCUGUGAAGGAGAAGAGGCGGACGAUCCGCGGGCGGAGGAGAAAAAGAAGUUCGAGGCCAAAAUGGAGGAAUGUGUGAAGGCCCAAAUAUCUAUGAUCCAGGAGCGCGAUAAGAAACUCAAAAACAAGGAUGCUGAGGAUCAAGCAAAGGACUGUGAUCCGGAAACGAAGCCGAAGGCGCAGGAUUGUUCCAGUGCUCUGAAAGUCUCAAAGAGUGCCGCCCAGCCAGCAGCAGCUGCCUGUUCCUGUGCCGGUGAGGAGGAUGACGAGGAAAGGCGACAGCAGGAUGCACUGGUUGGUCACUAUGCACCAUUGUCUGAUGGAACGAAGGGCGCCGAUUGUCCUGACGAUUUAUUUGGAAAGAAAAAGGCAAAGGGAGGCUGCUGUUCUUGUGAAACGGAAGACUGUCCAGAACAGGAUGAGAUAAAAUCUGUAGCAACAGCAGCAUGCGCCUGUGAUAAUGAAAGUACCGCAGCUCCGCCACCCACCUUCCUUUGUCCACAUUGUGGAGGCAAUCCAUAUGAGCCUCCCACCAAAUCAGUGGGCACCAAUCGUCCUUCCCUACCCGCGCACUCUAGCGCAAGUGGUGGAGGCAAAGAGGAAGAUUGUGUGUGCUUGGCAAGUUCGAAAAGCACUGCGAAUCCAAAAAGUGCUGCAAAUUCUAAAAGUGCAGCAAAUUUGGGUUGCGGUCCCUGCAGUGCGCAUGUGACUCCGGGCUAUUCACCCGACAACGGACGCAUUCCCGUGUUUAACAAGCAGUUCCCGCUAAGAGAUCGCGACGGCGACGAUUGCAGUGCUCUUCCAGAUCCUAAUGCGGGUAAGGAUAAAAAGAAAUGCUGCAAUUGCAGCCCAGAAGAGGAAGAUCAGGAGUGAGUGUCCAAGGACAUUAGUUUCCAAAGUCACACGC